AUGGCAUCUUCCGUGACGGUUCCCGACGGCGGCGGCAAAUCGUCCGCCAUGGCAACUACUUCUAGAGACGGACUCGAAGAGGCAUCGGUUCGAAAAGCAGCGAAUGCGCUCCUCAAAUGGAAGACAAAGGUGCAAAAGCAGCCUCACAAUGAAUCUGGGCACGAAGAGAGCGAAGACGAAGAACGCGAUGAUUUCGUAUACCUCUCAAUAACCCUAAAAAGAGUUCCGCCGACGGAACUUACUCGUGUUCCUCACCGAAUCCCCCUCCGCCAUUCUAUUUUCCCGGAAGACCACUCCAUCUUGAACGUUUGCCUCAUUGUCGACGGGAAGAGGAUCACCGCCGAAGUCGCUAACAGGACGCUCAAAUCGCAGGGUGUUAACGUUGUGAAACAGGUCAUGAAGCUCUCCAAGCUGAAAUCCGAUUACAAAUCCUUCGAAUCGAAGAAAAAGCUUUACGAUUCAUUCGACCUGUUCGUAGCGGCUAACCGUGUAGUCCCCAUGCUUCCCAUGGUGUUGGGGAAGGUUUUCUACAAUAAGAAGAAGAAGCUUCCGGUGCCUGUAGACCUAAAACUGGACGGUAGUAAAUGGAAGGAAGAGAUUGAAUUAGCCUGCAAAUCGAGCUUGUGGUGCUUGAGCGGUGGGACUUGCAGUGCUGUAAGAGUGGGGAGGUUUGGCGUUACAGAGGGCAAUCAAAUUGUGGAGAAUGUGUUCGAGGCUAUUGAUGAGGUGGUGAAGAUUGUUCCGAAAAGAUGGAAGGGGAUCAAAUGCCUUCACUUGAGAUUUUCGGAUUCGGUUGCAUUGCCGAUUUAUGAUUGUUCUCAAGCAUUGCAGCAGCUCAACGGCGAUGAAGUAGCACAAGCUGAAGGUGAUGAUUCUGGUUUAGUUGGGAAGAAGAGGAAAAGGGAGGUUGUUGGUAAGAAACAGGUUACAAAAUGA